GACCCCACUCUGUUGUGGAUAUAAAUCUAGGUAAUAUGAGGUACUUCUGAGGCAAGGGAUCUAGGAUUUUUAGCUAGAGAAUUUUGGAAUAAAGACACUUGUGAGUCCAGAUUGUAGUAACAUAGGAAGAAGAAAGUGACCAUGGCGAAGCUGCUGUUGUAUUUCCUGCUCUUAACCAGUCUUUCUGAUGUGUUUGGCGGGACAGACAUGUCUAAGAAGACUUUUGUGUUUCCUAAAGAGACGGAUAACUCCUAUGUGUCUCUGAAAGCACAGUUGAAGAAGCCACUGAGUGCCUUCACUGUGUGCCUCCAUAUCUACACUGAACUGUUUAUGACGCGUGGAUACAGCAUUUUCUCUUAUGCCACCGAGAAAGAAGCUAAUGAGAUCCUCAUAUUUUGGUCUAAAGAUAGAGGAUAUAUUCUUGGAGUGGGUGGGAUUGAAAUGCCUUUCAAGGCUCCUGAAAUUCCCAGUGCUCCAGUACACAUUUGUACCAGCUGGGAGUCUGUCUCAGGGAUCAUAGAGCUGUGGGUAGAUGGGAAAGCCCAGGUGAGGAAGAGUCUGCAGAAAGGGUACUUUGUGGGUACAGAGGCAAUGAUUAUCCUUGGGCAGGAUCAGGAUUCAUUUGGUGGGAGUUUUGAUGCAAACCAGUCUUUCGUGGGAGACAUUGGAGAUGUGAACAUGUGGGACUUUGUUCUGUCACCUAAGGAGAUUGACAUGGUGUAUUCCGGUGGGACCUUCAGUCCUAAUGUGCUGAGCUGGCGAUCGCUGACAUAUGAGACACACGGUGAAGUCUUCAUCAAGCCCCAGCUGUGGCCCUGAGGUCCUUCUGUGGAUCCUCAGGUGCCUCCUGCAGAUUAUACCUCCUCUGGCUAUACCUCUAGAUCUCUGGCUAUGGACUUUCUCCCUAUACACCUUGCAGGUUUACUUUACAAUUGGAAUCAUAUACCAUCCUCAGCUGCACACAAUGGGGUUUAUGUGUCUGGUUUGGGACCUUGUGAACUAUGUUGAAAUGUUUUGCUAAUAUAUUUAAUUUUUUAAUUAAAAGGAUUUUAGAGAUAACUUCUCAGCCUCAUAUAAAAGAGAACUGGCAUUCAGACUAAAGGAAAAUUUUUAAAAUUUGCAAAGCAAGUACAUCACUGAGAUGGG